AUGGAAAAUUAUAGCGGCAAAAAAAAUUCUAUAUUAUAUCCUAUCCAGAAUAGCGAACAUUUUGAAAGUACUGAAAGCGUUAAAAGUAGAAAUAGCAUUAUAAAUGGAAAUGUUUUAAGGUGGCAUAAACUUAGUUGUUCUUCAAUAAAAGAUACAAAAAAUGAUACAUCAGAAAGUAGUAUAUUUUAUUCUAAUAGUAGCAAUAUAACUAAAAACAGAGACAUAAGUAUUGAUAAGGAUAGUUGGAAUUUUCUUGAAAAAAACAGAGUUGCAUCAGUAUUAUAUAAAAACUGUAUAUAUAUAUUUGGUGGAUAUAUACCAAAAGAAAGGGUAAAUCAUUUUUAUAAAUAUGAUAUAGUUGAAAAUAAAUGGAUUAAGAUGAUUAAUAAUAAUUUUCUAUUAAAAAGCGAAAAUAACUCAGCCUUUUUAUAUAAAAACAAAAUGUAUAUAUUAUGCGAAUAUAACGGGAAAAUGAGAUGGUCAAAUGAUUUAUAUUUUUUCGAUUUUAAUAAAGAAAUAUGGGAAGUAAUGAAAAUAAAAAAAAAUAAACAAAUAAACAAUAGAUAUUGUCCACCUUCAACAUUGUUUGGCUUUUCAACAUCUGUUGAUGACGUAUCAGGUGUGUUGUACAUAUUUGGGGGAUAUAACGGAAAAUACUUAAGUAAUGAAUUGUAUAUUUUAAAUUUAAAUCAUAAAAAUUGGAUUAAAGCAAAACAAAAUGGCGAAAUUCCUAGUCCUAGGGCAUAUACAAUAGGGCACAUAUUUGAUGGAUACUUUUAUAUUUUUGGAGGAUAUAACGGAGAAAGUUGUUUAAAUUCUUUUUAUGAAUAUCAUAUAAAAUCUGGAAUUUGGACAAAAAUUAAAUAUAAUAUGGAUACAGAAAUAUCAAAUAAAAACUCGAAUGAGGAUAAUAAAAGUAUUAUAAAAAGUUUAAAUGAUCAAAAAAAAAAAACAAGUUACACAUAUUGUAAUAACAAAGACAAAGUACCAAUGGCUAGAUGCUUGAUGGGGUCUUUUUUAUAUAAUAAGUGUAUAUAUAUAUUAGGGGGAUAUAAUAAUAAUUUUUGUGGAAAUUUAUACGAUUUUUAUAAAUAUAAUAUUCAUGAAAGAACAUGGGAAAAAUUGAGCACAAGAAAUAAUUGCUCACAAAAUAAUCUGAAUAUUCAUUUUUAUAAAAAUGUUAUAUAUUCUAUUGGAAAAUUUAAUAAAAAAAAUAUUUUAAACAAUAUAUAUGCAUUAAAGCUCGAAAAUAUAUAUGUUGCACCUUCAGAAUUGUUGGAUCAUUACAAAGGUAUGGUUAAUAACUCUUUAUUUUCUGAUGUUGUUUUUAUUUUACAAGAUCAGCACAUUUAUGGGUGCAGAAAUAUUUUGUCAUCAAGGUGCCUUUAUUUUAAAUCCCUAUUUAAUAUUCAUAUUUCAGAAAAAAAUAAAAAUAUAAUAAUUAAUGGAAUUAACAAAAUAGUAGACACUAAUCUCCAUGAUCCUAUGAUUUAUAUACCAAUUAACGAUAUAAAUUAUGAUGUAUUUUUAAUUAUUAUUGAUUAUCUUUAUACAGACAAUUUGCCCGUUAAUUUCACACUUGAAAUGUAUAUACAAAUUUUAAUAUUAGCUAUAAACAAAUUCAACUUAUUUAGAUUAGCACAAUUAUGUGAGCAAGCCGUUACAAAUAAAAUAGAUCGAUAUAACGUUUUUAAUAUCUUAUUCAUAAGUUAUAGAAAUAAUUCAAAACAAUUAUGCAAAUUUUGCAUUGAUUUUAUUAUACAUAAUAAUUUAUUAGACAAAGAAAAAAUUAAUAUACUAACAUUAGAACCGCAUUUAUUGGGAGAGUUUUAUAAAAAAUCUCUAUAUAGUGAUAUUAGCUAG